GCGGAUCACCCAAGAGAGAUCAGUCACCCAUAGAAAGUCUUAAUGAAUGAACUGACCCCUGCCACGGUAGUAAGGGUGGCCCGCUACUCAUGGCCGGCUAGCUAUAGGUGACCCGUGUCUUUGUCAUGCUGCCCCUGUGUACCCUCGCCAGAUAUAGUUGUCUGACAGCGGUGAAUCAGGCCAGUAUGAUGAAGGAAGGUUACUGGAUUCAAAGGCGUCACUACAGCGGUGCCAUGGCAGGCGUUUUGCAAGGCUUGGUGCUGCUGCUGACGCCGCCUCUGCUCAUCCAUGGAUACAAGCCCAUCGUGAUCAACACAUGGAGCUUUACUAAUGCCACAGCCAAGGCUUGGGAGAUCCUGCGGCAGGGUGAGGGCACGGCGCUGGAUGCUGUGGAAAGAGGGUGUGCUACGUGCGAGGAGCUGCAGUGUGACGGCACCGUGGGCUUCGGAGGCAGCCCGGAUGAGACCGGAGAGACCACGCUCGAUGCUAUGAUCAUGGACGGUACGACUCACGAUGUGGGCGCUGUGGCGGACCUGCGCAGAGUGAAAGGAGCCAUGGCCGUGGCCCGCAGCGUGAUGGAGCACACCACACACACCCUGCUGGUUGGAGAGCAGGCUACGCACUUCGCCCUCAUGAUGGGCUUCCCCGAGGAGAACCUGACCACUCCUGCCUCGGCAGAGAUGCACGAGGAGUGGCUCAGGAACAACUGUCAACCCAACUUCUGGGUAAACGUGUCGCCAGACCCCACCACCUCCUGCGGACCCUACCGGCCUAGUAAUGCAAGCAGGAAUGCCAAAGAAUAUACAGCCAGGGAGGGAGGCAACUUCAACCAACUCAAUCACGACACCAUUGGAAUGAUAGCCAUAGACUCCCAGGGUCACAUAGCUGGCGGAACCUCAACUAACGGUGCGCGCAAUAAGAUUCCUGGCAGGGUUGGAGACUCGCCUAUCCCAGGCAGCGGCGCCUAUGUAGACAAGUUUGUGGGCGGAGCUGCAGCCACUGGUGACGGGGACGUGAUGAUGAGGUUCCUGCCAGCCCUGGUCGCUGUGGAGGGGAUGCGUCAAGGCUUCAGCCCCAGCAAAGCCGCAGAGAUCGCCAUCUACAGAGUGGCUCAGUAUUACCCAGACUUCAUGGGCGCAGUGGUGGCACUCAACAUGAAAGGAGAGUACGGUGCCGCUUGCCAUGGUAUCGACCACUUUCCUUACUCUGUGGCCAGUACAGAAACUAGUGUUGUACAAGUAAAGACCGCUUCCUGCGUGGGAUAAUCCAUAGAGAGAAGCUUCAAUUCCACAAAAUAUCAUGUUAUAUCUUACAACUGUUACCUAUAGCAUGCUCGUUACGAGUAAUCAUGUUGUUUCUAUCAAAGUAUUGGAUGGCCAGUUUGUGAUGAGCCUUGGGUUACAGAAGGAAAGGCAGACGACCCGCUCAUUGUGUUCAGGUUCACACUUGUUUCACCAAAACCUUUUCCUUGGUUAUUACUAAUUAAAAUAUGAUUCUCUA